AUAAUAGGUGUUGAAGAGUUAACAUUUUUUUUCUCUGCGGAGCACCGGAAACAGCGUCAUAUUUUUCGACGCUCCUGCCUGGAAGUGAAUAUAUACUUUUUUGACGUGGACAGCCGUUAAUACGACCUGAACAUCAUCUUAGACUCCAUGUUUUGACCCUGACAUGUCCAGUGAGGAGGAUAAAAAUGAAAAAACCGUUGACUCGGUUGAAGAAGUAAUGAAAAUGCCGGGCAAUGAUGAGUUGAAGUUCGGUGUACUUAUCGGUCUCGUCAAAGUGCAGCAGGCAUCUAAUAAGGAUGUAGUAGAUGCAGUUCUUAAUUUGCUUGUCGGAGGUACAUUCGAACUAGAAAGUAAUUUUAUCAUUAGAGAUGCAGAAAAUAUAUUGCACAUGGUUGAAUUGCUGGAAUCUUGUUCUCAGACUUUACAGGCUGAGAUUUGGAGUCACUUCACGGCAAUUGUAAGAAAAUCCCAACGUAAUGUCCAAGCCUGCACUGAAGUCAAUCUAGUCAGUGAGGUGUUAGAUAAAUUGAGGACGGCUGGUGAUGUUAUAGCUCAGUUACUAUUGGAAAUACUAUCAGUUUUGACUUGUUACUCUAUAAGCGUACCACAGCUUCGUCAAGUAUUCUCAUUACUACAGGUGAACACAAAGACAAAAACAUGGCCACGGUAUUCGGUACAAUUAUUACAAGUUUUGCGGCAAAUGCCCAAGAGACACGGUCCAGACGAAUUUUUCAGCUUUACUGGAAAUUCAAAAGCGGGUAUUGCAUUACCACCAUUAGCUAAAUGGCCUUAUCAAAACGGCUGGACAUUUCAUUGUUGGAUAAGGCUCGACCCUGUAACGGGGAUGACGAUUGAACGAGAACGUCCAUAUCUUUAUACAUUCCGAACAAGCAAAGGCAUAGGAUAUUCUGCCAAUUUUCUUGGCUCUGCUCUUGUUAUAACAUCUAUGAAAAUAAAAGGUAAAGGGUUUCAACAUUGUCUCAAAUACGAUUUUGUACCCCGAAAGUGGUUUAUGGUCUCAAUUGUUCACAUUUACAAUCGCUGGAGCCGUAGCGAAGUAAGAGCGUAUGUUAAUGGAAAAUUUGUAUCUUCAACGGAAAUGUCUUGGUUUGUCAACACCAAUGAUGCUUUUGACAAGUGUUACAUAGGUGGUACACCAGAAUUGACAGAAGAUACUAUGUUUUGCGGGCAAAUGAGUUCCGUUUAUCUUUUCAACGAAGCCCUAACGGCACAACAAAUUAGCUCUAUUUACAUUCUUGGACCCGGUUAUAAGAGUCAAUUUCGUCUAGAAACUGAGAGUGGCUUGUUGUUAGAUGAGUCUACAAAAAAAAUAUUAUAUGAUGGCAGAUUGUCAAAUACGAUUGUGUUUAUGUAUACUCCGGUAUCGUGCGAUUCGCAGUUAUGUUUGGAGAGUUCGCCUAAAGGAAAUACCAAUUAUUUCGUCCAUACUCCUCACGCCUUAAUGCUAGAAGACGUGAAAGCUGUUGUGACUCAAUCGAUUUACAAGACCCUGCAUAGUAUAGGAGGUAUACAGAUACUUUUCCCUCUGUUUUCUCAGUUGGAUAAAUCGCAAAGCGACAGCGAAGGAAAACCAACAAAACCGGAUUUUAGCGUCUGCUCAACACUGAUGAGCUUGAUGUGCGAUUUAUUAGAAGGAUCAGUGAAUAUACAACAGCAACUCGUGCAAAAUAAAGGUUUUCUAGUUAUAUCAUAUCUAUUAGAAAAGUCUCAAAGGGAGCACCUUACCGAAGAUGUUUUAGAUUGUUUCUUGAAUUUAACGCAAUAUUUAGUUGUUCAACCAACCGGUGGUCCGUUGUUAAGGCAUUUAUUCGACCAUAUCUUAUUUAAUCCGGCACUAUGGAUAUAUUCCCCAUACAAAGUUCAAUUAAAACUCUAUAGCUAUUUGUCCACCGAAUUUAUACAAGACGCUCAUAUUUAUAGUAAUAUUCGUCGAGUUUCAGCCUGUUUACAAUCUAUGCAUUCAUUAAAAUACUACUAUUGGGUUAUCCAUCCUCUCGAUAGAUCUGGCAUACAUGCCAGAGGAAACGAUGGCCCUAGACCAACGAAGAGUGAAAUGCAAAUUUUAAGAGCUUACAUUAUUUUGUAUGUUAAACGAUUAGUACUUAGAGUACCAGGCGUCCAUGAAGACGAAUUACAAGCAAUCCUUAAUUAUCUAUCCACUAUGCACGAAGAUGAGAACAUACAAGAUGUUCUACAAUUAACUGUAAGCUUAAUGUCGGAGCAGCCAGCAUCUAUGGUUCCUGGUUUUGAUCGAAAGCACGGGAUUAAAACUGUAUAUAAACUGCUUGCUUCAGCAAACGAAGCGAUUAGAAUUCAAGCUAUGAAGUUAUUAGGAUUUUUUCUAAUGAGAAGUACUCAUAAGAGGAAACACGAUGCCAUGAGCCCUCACAAUCUAUUCUCAUUACUAACUGAUAGGCUUAUGUUAAAUGCCGAUACACUUUCUAUGGCGACAUACAAUGUCUUAUUCGAAUUGCUAACUGAAAAAAUGACAACACAAGUCAUGACGGAAAAACAUGCCCAAAUAGAUGCUAAUUGCCGUAUUGAGAAUUCCCUCGUUUUGAAAGUUAUAGCAUCGCUAAUUCGUCAAUCGACACAAACUCACGAAAUUCUUUUAGUAAAGAGAGUAUUCUUAACCGAUUUAACGAUGCUUUGCCAAGAUAGUAAGGACAACAGAAGGACCAUACUUCAAAUGUCAGUAUGGCAGGAUUGGUUAUUUUCUCUUGCUUAUAUUUAUCCUAAAGCAACAAUUGAAAAAGAAAUAACCAAAUUAGUUAUGGAACUAUUUAGAAUGUUGUUACAUCAUGCCAUAAAAUUCGAAUACGGAGGCUGGAGAGUUUGGAUUGAUACACUUGCUAUUGUUCAUUCUAAAGUUUCUUACGAGGAUUUUAAGACUCAUAUGAAUCAAGUUUAUGACGACUACGAAAAGCAAAAAGUCGAUAAUGUUUCUGACCCAGAAAUACGUAGUCAAAUGCCGAUCUCUACAAUCUCGGGGGUUAAUGAUAAUGGUCACAGUGGGCCAACUAUAUCCGAAUUAAAGGAAACCACUGAAUCAGGCGCUCAAUAUGAAGUAAACGAAGAGAAUCAGCAAGAAGAUAAUGAAAGGAAAACAAACGAAGAGGUAGAAAAUGAGAUAGAAAAAGCGCUUGAGAAGGAGAGUUCUGACGAUGUCGAAAACAAAUCAGAAGAAAUUAAGGACGAAACAAAGGAAGAAGAGGUUAACGACCAGAAAGCCGUUGAAGAGAACUCAGAAACAGAGAGUACAGAGAAAAAGGGUCAACUAGAUCAAAUCGAUGAAGAAAAAGACAGAGAGGCAGCAGAAAAAGAGCCUGUUCCUGAAAAAGACCCAGAUGCAUAUGAAAUUCUAGGAUUUGAUCCAACUAUUGUUCAAUUUAUGAAUGAUUUAGUAAAAAUAGCAAAGGAUAGGGAGGCAAGGAAACUGGAACAGUCAAAAGCAGAAAAGUCCAAAGAAAGCGAAGAAGACGAAGAAGAAAUUGAUGGCGCAAGAUCGUUACCGAGUCCGUCAGAACCAGCCUCUCAAGCUGAACAAGUAGCCGCAGAGAAAGAAACUGCUAUAACAAAUAUGAAAGAUUCUGCUACUGGGCCUGAAAGACCAGGCGAAUUCCCCAAACAACAAGCAUCAUCAACGAAAAAAGAAUCCAAACAGCAUAUCUUUAGUCCAGGACCAAGGGCUCCUCCCUUUAGAAUUCCAGAGUUCAAAUGGAGUUAUCUGCAUCAAGAAUUAUUGAAUAAUGUUUUAUUCUCAUUGGAACAAGACGUUGCCGCAUGGAAAUCACAUCAAACAAAAAACGUGAUUGAUUUUGUAAAUGCCACAGAAAAUCACAUGUUCGUUGUUAACGUGACACACAUGAUCUCUCAAUUAGCAGAUACUCUAAUUACGGCUUGUGGUGGUUUACUACCCUUACUAGCUGCCGCUACUUCACCAUCUGGAGAAAUAGAGAUGCUUGAGCCUGCCCAAGGACUAUCCGUGGAACAAGCAGUUUCUUUUCUUUUGCGUAUAGUCAACUUAACUGAUAUACUAGUAUUUGCCAGUUCUUUAACUUUCUCAGAGCUGGAAAGUGAAAAAAACAUGUCAGCGGGGGGAAUACUUCGACAAUGUCUGCGUCUAGUUUGCGCCUGUGCAGUUCGCAAUUGUUUAGAAUGUAGACAAUUGCAAAAAAUGAACGAAAAGUCUAUUAAACCAGCGUCAAAUGGUUUGGACAUAAUAUAUGCCUUAAUGAAAGGAGCACAAUUGUCUGUAAAGGUUAGCGCCUUAAACGAUAAGCAAGCUCCAGUAAAGGAUAGUCAUAAACUACUACAAGAUAUGGAUAUAAAUAGGUUGAGAGCAGUUGUCUACAGAGAUGUUGAGGAAACAAAGCAAGCUCAAUUUUUAUCAUUGGCCAUUGUCUAUUUUUGUUCAGUUUUAAUGGUAUCGAAAUAUAGAGAUAUAUUGGAGCCGCCAUCAACUCCAGCAACGCCAGCGAGAGGAAAAUCUCUUGGCGCUUUGACAGACGGUCGAUUGGCGUCUAGUGAUGGCUCGAUUUUUACACAAAUUGUUGAUGGUUUAAAGACGUGUAAAGAAAAAAUUGAAGGAAACGAAGAAAACGGAAAUAGUAAACAGCCAUAUCAAACUACUGACGACAGCGGUAGAAGCGAAGAAGUAUCUUUGGAUAAUGUUUCGAGUGAUAAAGACUCUGAAUCGUGUUCCCCCAAAGCAACUGAAGAGGAUGGCCAAACAAAACAAAAAGCAGAAACUAAAGAAAAUGGUGAUGUUUCAACUGAAGAAGCAACUAAAGAACAAACAAACGUUGAUAAGAAGGCUGGAGGGGAUAAUGGACAAGAAGUAAUAGAUGACAAAUUAGAAAAUUCUCAAGAACAGAGUGCAGCGAAUUCCGAGAAACAAGAGGUUAGUAAUACUUCAGAGAUUAAGGAAAAUGACAAAGAAAAUGUACCUGAAAAGGAAAUGGAACAAGAAAAAGAAGAUAGUAUAGAAAAACCAGAAAGCACGAAAAAGGAGGGAGAGAAUGAAAAGGAGACUGAAAGAGAAAGUGAAAAACCAGCCGAAAAAGAGCCAGAAAAAGAACAAUCAGAGGAGAAGAUAUCUGAAAAUGAUGAAGGAAAUCAAACCUCACAAGAGAAUAACGUCGAGAAAGUGGAACAAACCAAAGCUGAAGAAACAAAACCAGAAAAUGCAACAUCAAAUAAUAUAACAGAAACUGAACCAAAACCCAACGAACAAGCAAACAAAGUGUUUGACGUAAAAGAACAAACUCAAAUUGCUGAGGACUCUAAAGAAGAAAGAGAUGAGGACAAAGAUGCACCAGCUGCUAUUUCAGCCAUAUCUGUUUCAAGUAAUGCUACCUCGGAAGCUAGACCUGAGAAUCUACAGUUGUCAAUGCCAGCUAACCUCGAUAACCUACCUCCACCCAAAGACCCAGCCACAUUAACAGCUCGACUCGAAAAAGCUUUAGAUUCCAUAGCUCCUUUAUUACGAGAAAUUUUUGUAGAUUUUGCACCAUUUUUGUCGAAAACUCUCUUGGGAUCACACGGUCAAGAAUUAUUAGUUGGUGGCUUGGUUACUCUUAAGCAAAGUACCUCCGUUGUAGAACUAGUUAUGUUAUUAUGCUCUCAAGAAUGGCAAAAUUCAUUGCAAAAACACGCCGGUUUGGCAUUUAUUGAGUUGGUUAAUGAAGGUAGACUUUUAUCUCAUGCAACUCGGGAUCACAUUGUUAGAGUUGCAAACGAAGCCGAUUUUAUUUUAAAUAGAAUGAGAGCCGACGAUGUACAAAAGCACGCAGAGUUUGAGACACUCUGUGCUUCCGUUCUCGUUGAUAGGCGAGAGGAAGAGAAGCUUUGUGAUCAUUUGAUAACAUCUGCACGAAGAAGAGAUCACGUAAUAGCUUGCAAACAAAAAGACAAAGUUAUUAAUAUUAUGUCAAAUAAACAUGGCUGCUGGCUCCCAGAAAGUCCUAACAAGCAAGACUUUUUCAAGUUAGACACGUGGGAAGAUGAUUCAAGAAGGCGACGUCGUAUGAUUAAGAAUAGUCAAGGAUCGUCUCACGUUGAAGCAGCCCUAAAAGCCGCAAUAGAGCACGGUGCACCAGAAGAUGCCAUAAACGCCGCAAGAGAAGCUUUCCAUGCCCAUUUAUCUGCUAAUCAAAAGGUGCAGCAACAAGCUCACGAUACUACAGCCGAUGAAGAUUUGUCGUUGAUGGACGAGAGGGAAUUAGAUGCCGAGUUUGCGGGCAAAUUGGAUCAGAAUGGCAAAGAGAAAUCAAGUCCCGUUGCUCUUUCAACUAAAUGUAAAUUAUUAUCUUUGGGAUAUGGAAUCGUUGGAACGAUGUCAAUAACCAAAUCAGAAUUAUAUUUUGAGAUUGACGAUGAUCAUCCGGAUAAUAAGAAUUUGGACCAAAAAGUUUUACAAUACGUUGAUCAUUUACACGGCAAAUGGCAUUUUACUGAAAUUCGAGCGGUCUUUUCACGGCGUUAUUUACAUCAAAAUCUAGCCUUGGAAAUUUUUAUGGCCAGUCGUACGGCUAUUAUGUUUGCUUUUCCAGAUCAAGCCACCCUCAAGAAGGUAAUAGGAGCUCUUCCUCGGGUUGGAGUUGGAGUAAAGUAUGGCUUACCGCAAACUAGACGGGUUUCUGCUGCUCAGCCAAAAAUAUUAUUCAAUAAAAGUAAUAUGACAUCGAAAUGGCAAAGAAGAGAAAUUUCAAAUUUUGAUUACUUGAUGUUUUUAAACACGGUUGCCGGUAGGACAUAUAACGAUUUGAAUCAAUAUCCUGUUUUUCCAUGGGUAAUAGUCAACUACGAAUCUAACGAACUGGAUUUGUCCUUACCGAGCAAUUACAGAGAUCUUUCACGGCCUAUCGGAGCGUUAAAUCCGACAAGAAAGGCGUUUUUCGAAGAACGAUACCAAACUUGGGAACACGAUGAUAUUCCUCCUUUUCAUUAUGGUACUCAUUACUCAACAGCAGCCUUCACUUUGAAUUGGUUAAUCCGUCUAGAACCAUUUACAACUGCAUUCUUAUCGCUGCAAGGUGGAAAAUUUGAUCACGCUAAUAGAACCUUUCAUUCAAUUCCAACCGCGUGGAAAAAUUGCCAAAGGGAUACGUCAGACGUUAAAGAACUAAUUCCCGAAUUUUAUUACUUACCUGAUAUGUUUACAAAUUCGAACAAGUAUGAUUUAGGCGUACUGGAAACGAAUGACAAAGUUAACGACGUUGAACUUCCGCCUUGGGCGUCUAGUCCUGAAGAUUUUGUCCGAAAGUUACGUUUAGCCCUUGAAAGCGAAUAUGUUUCUUGCCAAUUACAUCAAUGGAUCGAUUUAAUUUUUGGUUAUAAGCAACGCGGACCAGAAGCCCUUAGAGCUACUAAUGUCUUUUACUAUUUGACCUACGACGGAGCUGUUAACUUGGAUUCAAUAAGUGACGCUGUUAUGCGUCAAGCGCUUGAAAGCCAAAUUAAGAGCUUUGGACAAACACCCUGUCAGCUUUUAACCGAGCCCCACCCCCCAAGGAGUUCUCCUAUGCAUUUGUCCCCAUUGAUGUUUACAUCCGUUGUGGAUGAUGUCUGCAUGAUAAUGAAGUUUCUGUCAAACUCUCCGGUUGUUCAUAUAUCAGCCAAUACUCAUCCAGCUGUUCCUUCACCUGCCGUAACAACAAUAACGGCUAGUCAUAAUUUUGCUGUCAACAAAUGGCAUAAUCAAACAUCCAAUUCGACAUCAGCGUCUGGUCAAACUACAACAGCAGGAUCAUUUCAAGAUAAAAAUGAAAAUCAACCAUCUCUACCAUUAUCAAUGGAUUCUGUUCUCGGUAAGUACUUUUAUCUAUCAUUUUAUAUUAUUAAUGUUUUAAUUUAAGCAAAUAAACUUGUGUAUUUGUACAUUUAAAGUACGUGGUAAUAACAAUAAUAAUAAUAGUAAUAAUCAUUAAAAAAAGGUCCUGUGAUAUUAUUUCUUUUAUACAACCAGUUUUUUCUAUUUUUGUACACAUUGUUUUAUGUGUUGUAGCAUCGUCUAGAGACGGUAAGUGAAUAUAGUAUUGAAAGGAAAAUUACCCACGUAUCAGCAAAUUACGAAAGAUGAUAAUUAUCAAAAAAACAAAAAAAAAACCGCGACCCCUUCUUCCUUAUGAACAUUAGGCAUCAAAUAGAGAGAUAGAGAGAAAAAAAAAUGAGAAAACAACAACAACAGAAAUUUUUCUAAGUCUUCUACAAAACACAAAGAUUUACUUUUAUACCUUUUUCCACUGCCUUUGUUUGAAAAUGGCUGUAAAGCUUUAGCAUCAAUAAUUACUAUAAAUAGUGCUAUUAUUUUUUGAAUGAAGACUUAGAAAAAGGAAGCAUGAGACUAAAUAUAAACAAAAAAACAAAAACAAAAGGAACAAUAUACUUACAUAAUAUUCUUAAAUUAUAAUUAGUUCCUUUUAUUUGUUAUUGUUGUUGUUGUUGUUGUUUAUUGUUGUUUUAUCUUUAUUAAUUAUCUAAUUAUUAUUGAAUUAUUCAAGCAUGUUUGUUAUUAGUACAAUAUUUUUAAAAGCGAUAAUAUAUAGUACUUGCUUUUUUUUUUCGCUUUAAAAGAGAAAAAGGAAUGUUUUUUGUUACCCAUAGUGAUAUUGUUAUAAUUAUUUUCUUUUUGUUCUAUUAUCCUAUAAUAGCUUUAUCCUUAUUUAGAUGAUAAUAAUAACAAUAAUAAUAAUAAUUAUAUUAAUACUUAAAAAAUAUUAUAGUUUUGGGAACUGGAUUACAUCGCCGCAGUCUGGGUUCGAAUUUUGAUCAGAGAGUUUCAACGGAAUCUUGUCAUUUUGUUACAACGGCCGAUAAUAGAUAUGUUAUUAUUUGCGGUCUAUGGGAUAAUUCUAUGAGAGUUUUAUCUUUGGAAAAUGCAAAAUUAUGUCAGUCGAUUUUUGGACACCAAGAUUUAGUUACUUGCGUUUCCCGAUCCGAGUGCAAUAUUACUCAAGACUGUUAUAUUGUGAGUGGUUCGAGGGAUUGUACUGUAAUGCUUUGGCACUGGAGUGCCAAGUCUCACGCCAUUGUUGGCGACAAUGCUUCAAUCGAUACACCAACUCCUAAGGCCAUUUUAACGGGUCAUCAUUCAACAAUAAGUUCGGUUGUAGUAUCGGCAGAACUCGGAAUAGUUGUUUCUGCGUCGGCGGAAGGUCCCGUUCUAGUACAUUCGAACAACGGAGAAUUAUUAAGAUCUCUCGAGUCACCCGAUAAAUGUAGCGGAGCUAGCAUGUUAACUUUGAAUAGAGAAGGUGUUAUAGCAGUCUCUUAUAACCAAGGUCAAAUUAUAGCAAAUUUCUCUAUAAAUGGCAAAUUACAAAAGUCAGUUGAAAAUGAAAAUGGAGUAUCAGCUAUGUGUAUGUCGAGAGAUGGGCAAUAUUUGUUGGUCGGCUCCUUAGCUGGUAUAGUUCAAGUUUGGAGAACUCACGACCUAAACGUUCUUCAUACGUUCCCCGAAGGAGAUGCUAAAGUCAGAUCGAUAGCAUUGUCUCACGAUCAAAAAUAUCUCCUAUGCGGUUUGGCUACGGGAUGCGUUGUGGUAUUUAAUAUUGAUUUUAACAAAUGGCAUCACGAAUAUCAAGAUAAAUAUAGCAAAGCUUAGAAAGAAAGAUACUAACAAGCAAAAAAGUUCCGACAAUCUGUGAUUGAUUCAAUUAUUUUAGGCGUUUUUGUGAUUUAUUUUUCCUUUACAAAAUGUGUUUAGGAUUUAAAAAUAUGAAAGAAAAAGGACAUUUAUUAUAAAUCUAAUAAUAGAUGUAUUUAGUUCUCUAUAUCGACAUAUCUAUGUAUCUAUCUAUCUAUAUAUGUAUUUAUAAUGUUUUUCCUCUAUUUUGUUAUUUUAUUUAUUGUUUUAAUGAGCAUAUCAAAGUUUACUUAUCAAAGCAAAAUUUCCCCCUAAUUGAAAAGUUUACAGAGUGAAAAAGCAAACAUUAAUCGCUGUUAAUUGAAUUUUAUUUUUAUCUCGCUCACCCUCCCUCCCUCCCUCCCUCCCUCCCUCCCUACUACAAUCUUCCUUUUAGAUAUAUAUAUAUAUACGUUGCAGUAUAUAUUGUAUUCUUCCUUUUCCACACCUCCCUAAAGCCCCCCCCCUCCCUUUCAUUUCAUUCUCAACACAAGAAACAACAAACAUUCCAAACUUUUUCGAGGACCAAAUCGCCUACGUUUAAAUAAACGAAUGCUAAAAUUGUACAGAAACACAAUUUCAUUCCUGUUAGGAUGUGAAAAUGAUAUAAAAUAUACUGAAUUCUAUUAUUGCCGUGUGUGAAAAUAUAUUCAUUAUUAUUUAUAUUUUAAAUCGUUUUAAGAAAUUUGGACAAUGUUUCGAUGAAUUAUAAUUUUUAUGGUAGUCAAUAAUACUAGUAUUUGAAUAAUAAAUGAAGUCAGAU